AUGCUGUCACUAUUACCUAUUCUAUUUGCCUUACUGAUGCGAAAACGAGGUGGAUUUUAUUAUCGUAGUCUUGUUUCAACAACAUGUAUGGGUGCAAUGACGGUGUAUGGUAUGGUGGCUUCUCUGACUUUGCCAUUGAUAGGUAAGGCAGGUCUAGUGAAUUGGUCUGUGGCUCGACUUUAUUAUCAUCUUUGCGGCUUUUUAUUGGCAAUUACUACUACCAUUGAAGGAAAAGAACAUCUUGAUCGUACAAAAGGCCCUGCUGUAUACGUUUGCAAUCAUCAAUCAAGUAUGGAUAUUUUAUUGAUGGCUAGCGUGUUUCCAAAGUCAACUUCAGUCGUAGCAAAAAAACAAAUCAAAUAUUAUCCAUUUUUGGGUUGGUACAUGACUCUUAGUAAUGCUAUCUUUUUGGAUCGCAAGAAUAGGGAUAGUGCCAUCAAGGAAGCUCGUCAAGCGGCUGAAGAUAUUCAUAGAAAAAAGACUAGUGUCUGGCUCUUCCCUGAAGGUACACGUGGUCGACCUUUAGAUAUUGACAUGUUACCAUUCAAAAAAGGUGCUUUCUAUAUGGCAGUUCAAGCAAAGGUGCCUAUUAUCCCUAUUGUCAUUUCAAAUUAUCAAAAUAUCUACAACUCCAAAACAAAACGAUUUGGCCAUGGCAAUGUUAAAAUCAAAGUAUUACCACCUGUUUCCACGGAACAUGUACAAGAAGAUUCAGCUGCUAUUGAUCAAUUAGCUAACAAGGUCAGGAACCAAAUGUUAGAAGUCUUACGCGAUAUCUCCCCUCGUCUUCAUUAG